AUGCAUUUCUCCAACUCUAUGCUGUUGCUAACGGCGCUGACCGGGUCAGCUGUCGCUCGUCUUCACGGCCACGACCGCCGUCACAACCAUGUCCGCGAAGUCGUCGACAUUGACGUUGAGCCAGCUGUUAAUGUUAUCGCCGAGACUCCCGAUGUUGAGAAGCGUGAUGGAGAUGUUGUUCACGCUACCAUCGAUGGCAAGCUCGUCUCCUGGAUCAACGACUGGUUCGGUGAGGGCGUGUCUAGCUCCGCCGCCGCCGCCGCCCAGACCACCGCUGCUCCCACUUCCACUGUCGCUCCCGCCGCUCAGACCACCGAGGAGGCUGUUGAGACCGUCAAGCCCACCCCCGUUGCCUCUACCCCAUCUUCUGGCUCCAGCAACUGGGCCAACUACCCCUCCGACGGCAAGUACUCCACCGAAGGAUUCGGUGCCUCCACUCCCAGCAAACGUGUCGGCGCCCUCGACUGGGACUACAUCGGCAACAUCGGAAGCCCCUGGGGUAGCAACAUUAUCCGCGUCGAAGAAGACGCCGCCAGCGGUUACAAGCACGUUAUCCGCUUCGAGAACGACAACUCUAAGGCCUGGUCCGUCGUCAUGUGGAACUCCUACGGCCCCCUCGGCGCGCUGGACGGUUUCUGGAGCCCCAACCAGGCUCUGAGCUUCACCGUUGAGCCCGGCCACAGCAUCUACGUCGCUAUCGAUGAUAACUCCCAGGGUGGUUGGGGUGCCUCCGAGGGCGAAGGUCUCUCCACUACCCACCUCGGCCAGUACGCUACCACCUGGGGUGAGUUCGACAUGAGCAACGAGCAGAACAAGGGAUUCUCCGGCUGGGACGUCUCUUGCAUCAUCGCUGAGCUCGCCAAAUUGGAAAUUUCCGGUAUGAAGAUCUGCGACCACUCUGGUGAUAAGUGCUCCUCCAUCAGCAAGGGUGCCUCCAGCGUUGUCAACGCCUACACUGCCGCCGACCAGGGUAAGCCCGACAAGGCCGUUUCCCAGGGCCCUGGUCCCGUCCGCCUUGUUGUCAACCUCGGCUGGUCCUCUUAA